AAAAAGUUCUGUGAUCUUCCUUGAUUUGGCGCCAAAACCCGCGACGAUUGCAGCAGUGUGAGAGUGAUGGAGGUGCAGUUGCAGAGCGAUCCAUGGGAAUGGGAGAAGCCAAUGGCCACUUAUCUGCUCCGCUACCACUCCGACCAGCUCCGAUCCAUCGCUUCCUCUCCCGAUCCCAAUCUUCACUAUCCUCUCUUCAUUGACUUCGCAGAGUUGAUGGAGGAACAUCCUCACCUUGCGCGUCUCAUAUUCUCCCAACCCACCCCUUACUUGCAAGCCUUUGACAAUGCUGCUCUCUUGUCUCACAGAAUCGUGGUGAGAGAUUUAGAGCAAGAGAAGAAUGUUGUUGAGAAGAAUUUCAUUCAUGUUCGAAUCAACAUCAGUGGUUCUCCCCUUGAAUGCUCUGAGACGUUUCCGACCAUAGGCCGUGUUCGAGUGCAGCAUCGCGGAAUUCUUCUCACUGUGAAAGGGACUGUAAUCAGGUCUGGAGCAAUCAAGAUGCAUGAAGGAGAGAGGAAGUAUAUGUGCAACAAAUGCAAGAAGAGCUUCACAGUUUAUCCUGAGGUUGAAGCUCGAAACUCCAUAUCAUUACCUUCAAUUUGCCCCAUGCAGAAAUUGAAGCCCUGUGGAGGCACAAACUUCCAGUAUGUAGAAAAUACUAUAGUAUGCCAUGAUUAUCAGGAGAUAAAAAUCCAAGAAAGUACACAGGUGUUAGGUGUUGGGGCCAUUCCUCGUUCAAUUCUUGUCAUCUUGCAUGAUGAUCUGGUUGAUGUUGUUAAAGCUGGAGAUGAUGUGAUUGUCACUGGUCUCUUGACUGCAAAAUGGUCUCCAGAGUUGAAAGAUGUGCGCUGUGACCUUGAUCCUGUAUUAAUAGCCAACAAUGUAAGGAGGACCAAUCAACUGAAGUCAGAAAUGGACAUUUCUGAUGACUUAGUUACAAAAUUCAAGCAGUUCUGGGACCAUUUCAAAGAUGCACCCUUAAAAGGGAGGAAUGCUAUUCUUCGAGGAAUUUGCCCACAAGUAUUUGGCCUGUUUACUGUCAAGCUGGCCGUUGCAUUAACACUUAUAGGAGGUGUUCAACAUGUCGAUGCUUCUGGAACAAGGGUAAGAGGGGAAUCUCACUUACUCUUGGUUGGUGAUCCUGGCACUGGAAAGUCUCAGUUUCUGAAAUUUGCAGCGAAAUUGAGCAAUAGAUCUGUUAUUACCACUGGGCUGGGAAGCACAAGUGCUGGAUUGACGGUUACUGCAGUGAAGGAUGGAGGUGAGUGGAUGUUGGAAGCUGGAGCCCUUGUUUUAGCAGAUGGAGGAUUGUGCUGCAUAGAUGAAUUCGAUAGCAUGAGGGAACAUGACAGGGCAACAAUACAUGAAGCCAUGGAGCAGCAAACAAUAAGUGUAGCUAAGGCUGGUCUUGUAACAACACUCAGCACUAGAACAACGGUAUUUGGUGCCACAAAUCCUAAAGGGCAAUAUGACCCCGAUCAACCUCUGUCUGUCAAUACAACACUCUCUGGUCCUUUACUUAGCAGGUUUGAUAUUGUCCUUGUGCUCUUGGAUACAAAGAAUCCUGAAUGGGAUGCAGUAGUUUCAUCCCAUAUUCUUUCUGAGGCAGAACCUGAUAGAGCCAACAACGAUGAAGAUCUAGCAAAAGUAUGGCCUCUUUCUACACUCAAGAGGUACUUACACUAUGUGAAAGAAACUUUCAAGCCAGUCCUUACAAGAGAAGCCGAAAGAGUCAUAUCUAGCUAUUAUCAACUUCAAAGGAAGUCUGCAACUCAUAAUGCAGCCAGGACCACCGUCCGGAUGCUGGAAAGUUUAAUACGCCUAGCUCAAGCUCAUGCAAGGCUGAUGUUCAGAAAUGUGACCCGAUUAGAUGCCAUCACAGCAAUUUUAUGCGUAGAGUCCUCAAUGACUACCUCAGCUAUAGUGGAUUGCAUUGGGAAUGCCCUGCACUCCAAUUUUACUGAAAACCCUGAUCAGGAAUAUGCUAAGCAAGAAAGACUGAUCCUGGAAAAGUUGGGAUCAAUAGAUGACUUCUCUGAUAUGAACAGAAUGGGAGACUGAAGGACAAGGGAGGAUAACAAAAUUGAAGUCCUGUAUAUUGAAUCAUUAAAGUGAUUAUUUUUAGUUAGAUCUGCUAUUAGUUGGCACAGGAUAACAAAAUUGAAGUCUUGUAGAUUAAUCACGAAAGUGAUUACUUUUAGUUAGCUAUGUUAUUUAGUUGGCAUUUAAGGAAGGGGGCAAAACAUUUUAGUUCUCUUACUAGACAAUUAGAUAGAUGCCUUUCCUAUCUUCGCCUUUUCUCUAGUCUUUAUUUAUUAUGUACUUUCGGUCUGUUGAGAGGGGCACUCAAUUUGAAUGAUGAUUUUGUUGUAUU